GAUAACGUCACUAAUAUAAAAAUUGCGUUGUAGUCAAAUUGAAAGUUGGAACGUCGAAAACCUCAAAGCGAAAAUAUUUUUCGACGUACGCAUACGCAACAUCCGAUACGCAAUUUAAUUUUAAUUUGUAAAAAUGAGUGUACGCGAAGAUGAGCAGAGAAAAAACCCGAGCCGUGGUCUUGGACUGGCUGCGGCUGCCAUUGGUGUGGGGGUUGGGGCAGCCUUGUACUACUUCUUCAGCAAGAGGCCUGAGCAUCCAAAUUCCGAAGGUUCUACGAGUGAAAACUGGCAUUGCGAGCAUCCACAAACCUUGUACGGAUCUCUCGCUGACACAUCAUAUACAACUGUAUCGGAACACACUACCACAGACACCAGUGUUUACGAUUCAAGUCACACCUGGGACAACGAAGAUUCAUUUAGCACAUAUCAUGAUUCAUUCACAUCUGAUCAUGAUUCAUUCACAUCUGAUCAUGAUUCAUUCUCAUCUGAUCAUGAUUCAUUUAGCAUGAUUUCAUCCGAGUCUGAAUAUGAAAGCGCAUCAAAUGUGUCUGGCAGUGUUGGAGACAUUUCUAGAAAUACGUCCAUCGAGAAUGUUUACGAUGAACCUAUUUUAGAAAUCAAUGAUACAACACCUGUUCAAAUUGAAGCUGGCAGUGUUGAGACGGAUCAGGAAAUGUAUGUCAUAAAUGAAUCUGAAAUUGUAACGAAUGGUACAGCAAAUGGACUCUCAUUUGAAAUCGACUUAAUGACUGAUCCAACAGUUGAUAUCAAUGAUACCACAACUGCUUCGGUUGCAUUUGAAAUAACUGAACCAUCUGAAACAAGUGAGUCGGGAUGGCAAGAGACUAGUGAAUCAACAACAUCGACCUUUGAAACUUCAAAUACAGGAAACACUGUAUCAAUUGAUGAAAGAGACGAUUGGGAUGUAACAAAUACGUCUUUAGAUGUGCCUGCUUCGAAUGAUACAUCUCCAAGUCGAAAUUCACCCUUGUCUAGAAUUUAUAAGGGUUGGAGUAGUAUUAUUGGUAGUAGGACACGCACAAGAAGCGGAAGAAGACAAAACGAACAGAUAACCGAAGAGGAGCAAAUGGCCAUUCUAAGACAAGAAGCCUUCCGUGAACGCUCGUGGUCCCUUGAAGAAUGUUCAAUCUGCUUCGAAGUGAUGCUGAAGGAUCAGCCGUUGAUGCAGCUGCCCUGCGCUCACAAUUUCCACGUCGCCUGCAUUGGGCCUUGGCUACAGGAGCAGCAGACUUGCCCCAACUGCCGCAAAAGCGCUGAAUGAUGACAUGUAUAGUAAUCGAAUCUUGCUCAUCUCAAUCAAGACUAUAAAGCCAGCUGGUACUGAGCUGACAUACACCAACAUUUAAAACAUGGACAGUAAUCUACAUUGAACGUUCACGCUUUGGACAACUAUUAACGGGUUCAGUGUUUCAUUGCGCCUACAAAAUUAAACGUUCACGCAUUGGACACUAAAAGUAGCUGAACCUUAACACGUAGGUAAAUAAUUGUCUUGAUAAGUUGAGCACCACAACAUGAACUGGAUGUUUGAUUGGACAUACAAGUAAAAUUAGGUAAAUAUUCAUGGGCAUUGGACACGCGAAAUGCGUUGGACAGUGAUACGAAUUGGCAACUAAAACAGAUUGAACGUUCACGCAUUGGACGUGCAAAAUGAUGUAUAAACGUUUAUGUAUUGGACAAAAUGGAAUGAUAUUUAUUAGUGCCCGACGUGCUUUCUGUUUAUUGCGUAUGUACACUCCUGGACACAAUUCGAGUCACCUUACAUUAAAUGCCAAGCUUAAAACAUAUUUGAUCAAAAACGAUACUCUGCGAAACGAUAUGCUGCAGUAGCGCCACUGCUAAUUUUCGUACACUAUCUAGUGGCGCUAGUUUCAUACACUAUUUAGUGCUACUAAAAUGUGUUACGUUCUUGUUGAAGAUUUGAAUUUGUAAGACUGGGGAGAACUUUUUCUUCUUUGAUGGUAACUUUUUUGGUUUGUUUGUGUUUGAUUGCUAAUUUUUAUUUGUAUUCUAGUCCCUUUAACAAUAAACAUGCAAAGUGAUUCGAAUUAUGUGACCGGGAGUAUAAAUUGUAAAAAAGAAAAAUAAUAUCUUUUCUUUUAAUUAAAUAGCAACGAACUUACUUCUCUCUUUAAUCGAAUAAUAGGUUUAAUAAUUAAGAAACUAGUAACUAGCAUACCGAUUUGAAGAAUUUUUUUUUAAUAAAUUAGUAUAAUUGAAUUUUUAUGUAAAUAUGGUAGGGUGCUUAUUGUGUCUGUAUUAGUAAUGG